AUGGCGGCACAGCAGCACCAGCCGAUAGCGAUGGUGCACCACCAGCUGAGCGCGGUGGUGAGCGUGCAGCGCACGAUCAAUCUGUACAAUCUUGAGAAGUACACCUUCGGCAAGAAGGAGGCCCAGAUGGAGAAGGACACCUCAGUCGCGGCGCGAUUGCUACGCAUGAAGGACAUGUAUGAACGCGAGGGCAUGCGAAGAACGGUCGAUGCCGUCCUGCUCGUACACCAACACAACCAUCCUCACGUUCUCCUCCUCCAGAUCGGCAACACCUUCUUCAAGCUGCCUGGCGGGCGUCUGAAGCCCGGCGAGAACGAGGUGGACGGUCUCAAGCGGAAGCUGACGAAGAAGCUCGCGCCCAACUACUCCAACUACCAGCUGGACUGGGAGGUGGGCGAGCUGCUCUGCCAGUGGUGGCGACCCAACUUCGAGACGCUGCAGUAUCCCUACAUCCCACCGCACAUCACGCGACCCAAAGAGUGUAAAAAGAUAUUUCUGGUCCAACUUCCUGAGCGAUGCGUGUUCGCGGUGCCCAAGAACCUGAAGCUGUUGGCUGUGCCCAUCUUCGACCUCUACGACAACGCGUCCCAAUACGGACCCAUCAUCUCGUCCCUCCCGCAGACCCUCGGCCGCUUCAACUUCACCUACCUCUGA